AUCAAUGGGCUGCCGAUGGGUUCCCCAUCGGGCCGUUGUGAGGGGCCGGGGGUUCGGGGAAUCCCGGGGAGUAUUUCUCGCUUUCCCGGCUUCGGGGUCUCCAGGGGGCUGGGCAGAGGCUUUUCCCUGGGUGCCAGAUCACCCCUAACCUGCGGAGACCAUGCGGUUUCGAGAAGUUGGAGGCAGAGGUGCGAGCAGAAAGACUUGGAAGGAGUCAAGACUGAGAACAACGAUCAUAUUAAUUUGAAGGUGGCGGGGCAGGAUGGUUCUGUGGUGCAGUUUAAGAUUAAGAGGCAUACACCACUUAGUAAACUAAUGAAAGCCUAUUGUGAACGACAGGGUUUGUCAAUGAGGCAGAUCAGAUUCCGAUUUGAUGGGCAGCCAAUCAAUGAAACAGACACACCUGCACAGUUGGAAAUGGAGGAUGAAGAUACAAUUGAUGUGUUCCAGCAGCAGACAGGAGGUGUCUACUAAAAAGGGAACCUGCUACUUUACUCCAGAACUCUGUUCCUCCAGACCAAGAAGACAUUCUCAAUUAGAAAGCCGCAAUUUGGUUCCACCACAUCCUGACUACUACAGUAUAGUUUUCUCUAUUCUUUCAUUUUCCCCUUCCCCAUUCCUUUAUUGUACAUAAAGUAACUGUGUAUGUGCACAAGCAUAUUGCAUUUUUUUUUUUUAACUAAAUGGCCAAUGGUAUGUUUUGAUCGACAUCAAAUGGAGAUGGGAUGGGGGAAAAUACUGCUUCUGUGAAAAUACCCCCUGUCUCCAUUAGUGGCAUGCUCAGUCAGCUCUUAUCUUUAUAUUCCAGUAAGUUAUUUUGCUCUCACUGUUUAACAAAAAAAGAACAACAUAAAAAUCCUUGCAUACCUUGUUCGAUUGGAGAAUUUUAAUGUUUUUCAUUUAUCAUUGUAAAACCAAGGACAAUUUUAUAACUUUUUUGUACGUAGCUGUUACAUGUAGGGCAAUCUGUCUUUAAGUAGGGAUAAAUUACUCUAAAAGAAAUGAAUCCUAGAUAGUUUUCCCUUCAAGUCAAGCGUCUUGUUGUUUAAAUAAACUUCUUGUUUAAAAUGA